CGCCAGAAUAAAUCAUAAUUAAAUAUGAAAUGUGAAAAUGUAGAAAUUCUCACCACAAAAAUUCCUCUGUUCCACGGCCGUGGUGACCUUUGUCCGUGUUCUCCACACGUCUCUUCUACUGGCGUAGAUUCGCCGCCGUCUUCGGCCUCCUCUCAAAGGUGAAGAAAUAAGUAGCUCCACUGCUCCAGGGAGAAAUUUAAUGGAUUUCCUGUGCAAACCACUGAUCCAGGAAAGUUACGAUUGCUCCUUGACCGAGCAGGAUAUUCAUAAAUGUCCAUUCUUGAGGAAUAUCAGUAUACCGACCAAUUUCUCUUUUGCUUCUCUGAAUUUUCCUCUUCCUUGCAACGAAGCCAAAGGCCCAAUUUUCGAGGAUGGUAUCAACUUUGACUUGGCCUUCAAACUUUUUCAUGGAAAAGACGGGGUUGUCCCUCUCACAGGAAACUCUCGACUCUCUCUUGAUCAACUGGAAAGUAAGGUUGUACCAGAAUUCAACCCUUUAGGGUCCAAAGCUGCCUCUAUCAGUAUGUCAGGAUUUGGGCCAGGAGGGCCUUUUAGUUUUAAUUCUUUCUUUCGGAAGACGCAGAAUAAGAAGCCUGAGUCGUCCAGAAAGAAAGAGAAUUCUUCUAAGGGUGAUUCGACAAAGCACGAGGCACUUGGAAACGAGUGGCUACAACAAGGGAACUGUCCAAUAGCCAAGUCGUACAGAGCAGUAACCAAUGUCCUCCCACUCGUGGCAACAGCUCUCCGGCCGCCACCUGGCAUCAAGCUCAAAUGUCCGCCCGCAGUAGUUGCAGCCAGGGCCGCCCUCGCCAGGACUGCCCUCGUUAAGACCAUCCGCCCACAACCAUUACCUGCAAAAAUACUCGCGAUUGGUGUUUUGGGAAUUGCAGCGAAUAUUCCGUUGGGUGUUUGGAGAGAGCACACAACAAAGUUCUCGCUCUCGUGGUUCAUUGCAGUGCACGCUGCAGUUCCGUUCAUAGCUAUGCUGAGAAAGUCCGUGGUGAUGCCUAAAACAGCCAUGGUGUUAACCAUUGCAGGUUCUGUAGUUGGUCAAAUGAUCGGCUCGAGAGCCGAGCGGAUUCGACUGGGAGCCAAGGCCGAGAGGGAGAAAUCGGAACUACAGGCUACUCAUCCAGAUGGUUGCGGCAAGCAGAUGUGGGACCCACUUGCGGAAAAGAUAGCGAAGGCUCCGCCUUCGCCUGCUGGCGUGUGCUUAUGAAAGUUUGGCGUGUUUUGUCGUAGACAAUUGUAUAUCAAAUCUAAUAUAGGUAGUGGUUUGGUACCUAUUCUUGUUACAUGUACACAAUUGUUAGAUGAUACUUUAGAAUCAUGCUCGAGUUAAAAAAAAUAAAAUGGCAGGGUUAACAAAAAUCGGCUGAACUGAGGCAUGAACAUGAUUAUCUAGUUUAUCAUGAAUUUUCAAUUCGGUAUUUGGCAUGUACCGAAUUUUACGAUCGCUA